AUGUUCGCGUCACUGGUCGCGAUUGGUUCAGCUGCCGUCUUCUCUCUGCCGUUUCUCCUGCCCACUGCCUUCGUGUUCUCGCCUCUCGUAGGGGUGAUUGCUGCGUACGGCUAUCUCAAGUCCCGCUCGCCACAGCAGAAGCUGCUGCAGGGCCCCAGCAGCAGCGCGGGCAGAAGGCCGUGGCAGCCGUCCCCAGGCGUGCCAGGGAGGCACCUCCAGGAGAAACAAGCCGCUCUCCUACCACAGCCUGCCAGCACCAGCAUGGACGUGCAACGGAUUCCCCGCGUGACACGUGCAAGCGAGACAGCAGCAGGCGGGGAAAGGAACGAGGAAAGUGGACCGGGCAGCAGGGCUGGUGGAUUCGGAGAGACUCAGGCAAGGGAAAGGACCAACCUGGAUGCUGCCCGCCGAUUCCCCCCUCCUCAACUUGCCUAUCCGCUUCCUGCCCCUUUUCAAGCUGCCCCUCCUCAGGCUGCCCCUCCUCAGGCUGCCCCUUCUCAGGCUGCCCCUCCUCAGGCUGCCCCUCCUCAAGCUGCCCCUCAACUUGCCGCUCCUCAUGUGGCUCCUACUCCCCCUGCUGGCAUUCGAGCUCGUCCCUCAAGCCCGGAGUCUGUGCAUGUAGCGGGGUAUCCUAAAGCGAGGGCAGUGGCUGGGCUGGGCAGCUUGGAAGGACCUGCAGAGGCUGUGAGGCCGACGAUGAGGAUGAGGGUUCAGGCGAUUGACUCUGCUGGGGCUGAGGAGGAGCUGGCAGGAGGGAGAGGGACAAGGGUGGGUGGAUUAGAAGGGGUGGAGGAACAGCGGCAGGAGAGGGCGGAGGAGGAGGGAGAAGAGGAAGAGGAAGAGGGGCCAACACUGGUGCUUCAUCACAUUCCGAAGGAGUUGACUGGCGCCGCACGUGUCCGUGGGGUCGAAGCAGGCAAGACAGGAGAGAUAGGCGGGGCAGAAGAGGCAGGAAAGACAGGUGCGACAGGUGGUGCGGGAGGUGAAGUGCCCGAGGAGGCGGCAGCAGCAGGCGUGGCAGGGCAGGAGGGAGGCAAACCCGAGGCAGAGGUGGAGGAGAAGCGUGUGGUGGAUGUGCAGGGUGGGGAGGGAUCAGAGGAGGAUCAGUUGUUGAUGGAGAAGGAAGUGCACGAGGAGGGGGUGCGGGUUGCCAGUGAAAUAAAAAAGCUUGAGAAGGUGCUAGCUGGACGCACAAUCCAGAGCCCUGGGUCUCCCCGGGAGGAGGCUGAGCUGCUGUGUGGUCUUCUGGGGGUGACCCCCCCUCCUCCACUGUCCCCUCAGCCAAGGUUUCCCAGGCAGGCACGUGCGUCGAGGAAGCAGACUGUAGAAGGGCAGCUGUGGGAAGUGCGCCGUGCCAGCCAGCUGGUGGAAGCAACCAAGGAAGAGCUUGGUGUUGCAUGA